GCGGUUGGGGACGGUUGGGACCGUUGGGGCCCGUUGGGACGGUUGGGGCCGGUAGGGACGGUAGGGACGGUUGGAGCGCUAGGGCCCCGCCCCUCGGGCGCCUGACGCCUCCACCCGCCACCCCGCGCGGCAGCAAAGCCGGAAGUGGGUUCCCCAAACAAACGGGAGGCGCAGUCGGCUCGGUGCGAGUCGGAGCGCGGGUUCUCCGGUGACUUGCAGCCUACGAGCCACGCAGCUCCGGUGCCCCAUAGCCAGCCGCCACCCCCCGGGAGGAACGACAGGACCAUGUCGAACAUGGAAAAACACCUAUUUAACCUGAAGUUUGCUGCAAAAGAACUUAAUAGGAAUGCCAAAAAAUGUGAUAAAGAAGAAAAAGCUGAAAAGACCAAGAUUAAAAAGGCCAUUCAGAAGGGCAAUACAGAAGUUGCACGAAUACAUGCUGAAAAUGCAAUCCGCCAGAAAAACCAAGCAAUUAAUUUCUUGAGAAUGAGUGCUCGGGUUGAUGCCGUAGCAGCUAGAGUUCAGACAGCUGUGACAAUGGGCAAGGUAACUAAAUCAAUGGCAGGGGUAGUUAAGUCUAUGGAUGCUACAUUGAGGAGCAUGAACCUUGAGAAGAUAUCUGCCUUAAUGGAUAAAUUUGAACAUCAGUUUGAAACAUUAGAUGUUCAAACACAACAAAUGGAAGACACUAUGAGUAGCACUACAACACUAACAACUCCACAAAACCAAGUAGAUAUGCUCCUUCAAGAAAUGGCUGAUGAAGCAGGCCUUGAUCUCAACAUGGAGCUCCCACAGGGUCAGACUGGUUCUGUUGGCACAAGUGUUGCUUCAACAGAACAGGAUGAACUAUCACAGAGACUUGCCCGCCUCCGUGAUCAAGUGUAACACAAAGAACUUGAUGCUGCUCUUCACUACACUUACUUCUGAAACCUCCUGUGUGUGUAUCCGUGUGUGUGUGUAUGUAUGUGUCUGUGGGCUGUGUGUGCAUAGAUAUAUAUGGAAUGUUCAAAUAUUCUUGGUAGAAUAAGAUGCUUUGGGCUUACAGUUCUUUACAAAUAUGAUAAGAAGUUCAAGGGAGCUUGCACUCUUACUGGAUUUUGUCAUUCUGAACAGUAUAGGUUUAAAUGUGAAGGAUAUCUUUUAUAAGUGUCUUAGGUUGAAACUAGAGUUUAACUCAUUCUGUUUGAAACAUCUUCAUUAAACAUUAAGUCAAAAUUCUAGUACCACAAUACUUCAUCUCCUGUUUAGAAACAUUUUAAAUCCCACAUCCUUUUUAUCUCUAUAGAACUGUUAAAAAAAAAAACCAGUAGGAAUGGAAUAGGGCAGGGGAAUCUCUUUCAUUUGCUCUCAUAGCCAAAUACAAAUCAUUCCCCGUUUUGGGACGAACAGUACUGUGUAUAUUGCUCUGCUUCAAUUCAUAUUUUAAGCUUAGAUGACCAUAGGCAUUUUCACAUCAUAUUUUGACUCUGUGUAUGUGUGUUCUCUAAAAUCUUCAUGAGAUGAUCAUCUUCACACAUAAUCACUUCAUUUUCAGGAAAGAAAAAGACUUAAUUGAUAUUUGUUUUUUGCAAGAUCUGGUGAUUAUUAACUCACAACCCUAUACAUCUUUCUCCAAUGGAAUGAUAAAAUUGAGAAAUUGCCCUGUAAGAUUUUUAUUAGCCAAUAUUUUUAUGUUAGUUUACAUGGAACAUGCACAUUUCCUGGGACUAUUGUUGAUUCAUUCAGGGAAAAGUCUGACCUGUUUUUUUUUUUAAUCAAGAAUUUCCAGAACAAAGAAAUCAGUAGUGCCAUCCUUGAAACUGAAUGCAUUAGUCCACCAUGUCAUAAAGCAGCACCUCAUUACUCAUUGGGAAUCUUUAAGUGGAUUGAGAGAUUUAAGUUUGACCAUACAAGCAACAUAAACAUUCAUCUAGUCAAGUGGAAGUUAAGAUAGUUUGGGGGUAUUUUGGGUAGGAGCAGAAGGGGACUGAAUAACUGAAUUUUGUUGCCCAAGUGUCCAUUCAGCCUCUUAGAAUGGCCGGUUUAGUUUAUUAAAUGUGCAAUUUUAACAUGUAGCUAUGAUGUUUUAAUUUAGUAGUCACAAAAUUGUGGCGAAACAGUGAGUUACUAAUACAUUGUAGCAAGUAUACAAAUGGAGGCUGAAUGAGUACAGUGACUUGGGUAGGGGGAGUUUAUCCCCUCAUGAAAUAUUUCCCCAUUAAUGAAUUCCAUUGCUGUUUUUUGUUUCAUUUUUUCCAAAUAAGAAAGUUUUAUUGAAGAAUGAUUCUCCCUGUCGUGACUCGUGAAAGCAUUCGAAGUGCAAUUACAAGAGCCUUUUGCCAGACCUUUUUUAGCCAAGUGUUACCCAUUCAUCCAAAGUAUUUUCCAGUGCGAUGAGUAUGUUUGAAUGAAAAAUAGAUGAACAGGUAAAUGCAGUGAGGAAUAACUGUUGUUUGUUGAGCAUUAGGCCUCAUGUAUACAAGUUUCUUGGUAUGUGAUUAGGAUGUUUCUGUCUCCAUGUGGACAGCCUGCAUUUUGUUAAAUGAGUGAUGCUUUUUUCUCUGUAUGCAAGUGGUUGGUGUGUUUGUUUCUAUUGAAAUAUUCUAGGGAGCCAGAGAAGAGAAUUAUCACAGACCAAAAUGCCUAUGAAGUAUAAACUCUCUUUAUUUUCCAUUGUUGAAGUAUGUAACUUGUUCUUUUGAUUUGGAUAAAAAGAUUAUCAUUAAAAAUC